AUGGAUAGUCAAAUAGUGUGUAGCAUUUUUGGAGCCUGUGUCAUAAUUGAAUUCCAACACUUUGCAGUAUUGAAAUUUGCUUAUGGCAUUUGCCCCAGAAAUGAGAUAAUUUACGUAUACCUGAUUUUAGAAAUAUGGCUUAUUGGCAGUUUUCUUGGUUUAUUACAUUCGUUUCUGGUGAGGUACAUAUACAGAAUUGUACCAGAACCAUACAUGGAUGAAAUUUUUCAUGUAUAUCAGACGCGAAAUUUUUGUGCGUUUAAUUUUACAUGGGAUCCAAAAAUUACAACACCACCAGCGUUAUACAUUCUUUCCGUGCCAAUUUUUUGUGAACAUGAAAGAUACACGAAUUCAGCUUUGAUUCCUUUCUCAUUUGUAGGUUGUAUGCAAUUUCAGAAACUUUUUUCAAGGCAUAAAUUCGGCACGCGUUUGCAAAUUUUUAAAUGCACAGUAACGUCAAUAACUGUGUUGUUACUUCCUGUACUUUUUCAUUCUUCACUUUUGUAUUACACAGAUUUGUUAUCAUUAACAACGCUUGUGUGGGCUGCUUCUCUUCCACCAGGUAUAUUGUCUUCAUUGAUUUUUUUGGUUUCGGUAUGUACUCGACAGACAAAUAUCAUUUGGGCAGCUGUUUAUGGUUCAUUCCAUUUAUUCGCAUUAUUAGAAAAACAAUGUAAACAUGGCUUGUCUUUUUCAUUUUGGUCGUUAUUACUGCUGCCCAUUGGUUUCGUGAUUUUUUUUGUUUUCAAUAAUAACAGCAUAGUAUUAGGUGACAGAUCUGCCCACCAACCUGUUCCCCAUUUUAUGCAGUUUUUCUAUUUUUUGGUUUUUCAUUGCUUCAGUUCAGCACCUCUAUUGUUAUGUCGCUCUAAAACAUAUCACUGUAUCAAGGAAAAUAUUCUUCAUCCAGUGAAAUCAUUAAUUCUGUUAUUACUUAUCUCAUGCUGUGUUUAUUUCUUCACAUUUCAGCAUCAAUACUUGCUAGCUGACAAUCGUCAUUUCACAUUUUACAUUUGGAGACGAUGGUUUUUACGCCAUCCAUGUUGUAAAUAUAUUGCAGUAAUUUUUUACAUUCUUGCAUUGAAGUUAUUUAUCCAAAUAAUAGAUCAUAUUCCAAAACUCCUUGCAGUUCUUUAUAUUUUGGGUACAGCAGCAGUAUUGGUACCGGUUAAUUUGCUAGAACCUAGAUAUUUUAUUGUACCAUAUAUUUUCUGGCGUCUUAGCUAUCCAGAACGACGAAUCUCAGUAAUUAUUUUUGAAUUAAUUUACGCAGUUCUUAUUAAUACUCUCGUUUUGUAUAUGUUUUUGUUCAGGCCAUUUGAAUGGUCUCACCUACCAAAUGUUAAACAGAGAUUUAUGUGGUAA